AUGCAUUUAAUACAUAAUUAUUUAUAUGUUUCGGAUCGUUCUACUACUACUACUACUACUACUACUACUACUACUACUACUACUACUACUACUACUACUACUACUACUACUACUACUACUACUACUACUACUACUACUACUACUACUACUACUACUACUACUACUACUACUACUACUACUACUACUACUACUACUACUACUACUACUACUACUACUACUACUACUACUACUACUACUACUACUACUACUACUACUACUACUACUACUACUACUACUACUACUACUACUACUACUACUACUACUACUACUACUACAAGUUGCUACGCAAACGAGAGUAGAAAUUAUUUAGCUCUUCACAUUUUGUUCAUCAUAUCUAAUUUCAGCUUCAUAACAUUUUAA